GAGAAGGCUCAGGGGAGACCUCACUGCAGUCUUCCAGUACACGAAGGGAGCUUAUAAACAGAAAGGAGACCACCUUUUAACAUGGUGACAGGGCAAGGGGGAGUUGCUUUAAACUAAAAAAGGGCUAUUUAGAUUAGAUGUUGGGGAUGUUUUUCAGAGGGCAGUGAAGCACUGGAGGCAUUCGAUGCCAUACUGGAUUGGACCCUGGGCAGCCUGAUUUAGUAGGUAGCAGCCGAGCCCAUGGAAGGGGAGUUAGAACUACAUGAUCUUUAAGGUCUCUUCCAACUCAAACCAUUAUUAGACUCUCUCUCUACAUAUUUUUUAAGAAGAUAUUGCACUUUGAAUGCACUCCUGACAUUGAAUAGAUGGGUAAAUGUUUCCUCUUGUCAAACUGCUGCUCAUCCUUUUGCUGCACAUCAAUGCUCAAGCCCAUAUGCAUUUGUGAAACUGUUUCUGUGAAUGAGAAACUCAGUGUAAGCGCAAGGCAAGAUACUUCCCAUAGCCUGAACCAAGAACUUACAGAACCGCUGGCUAGGACUUACUGUUCUGUCUCAAGUACUCGUCCUCUUAAAAGUAAGUAUUUUAAACCGACAAAACUUGUGAGAUAAAAGGCAUGACUUGCAGCGGCUGUAAAAGCGUCCGCGUUAAGUUCAGGCUCUGUCUACGCAGCUGCACUCCGCGGGGCUGCCUCCAGCCGCCCGAACGGGUUGCGUCCGCUACCCGUUCCGAGAGGAGCUCUGCCGAUCGCACGCCGUGCCCGCGGGGCGGAGCGCAGCCCCGGCUGUGGCCCAGCCCCGUUACCGGACACCGCGCUGACCGCCGUCCGGCGAGGGCGAACGGGUGACGCCGCGCUCAGACCCUCCCGCCAGCCUUACGGCUGCGGCGCGGCCCCCAAUCCGACACCCACCUCCCGCAGCCCUGCGCUCGGCCCGUAGCAGAGCCGCCCGGCGUGGCCCUUCCCCCGCCGCACAUGCCCAGAAGGGCGGGAGCCGCGGCGGGCCGGGCGGCGCUGUGACAGCGGCGGCGGCGCCUCCCUCUCGUCUCGUCCCCUCCCCUCCCCGCUCGCUCGCCGUCCCGUCUCUUCCGCUGGCUGGGGGCCGCCCCGAGCCGCGCCCCCUGGCCCGCCGCCGGCGGAACCUCCGCGCCGCGCGCAUCGGGAGCUGUACGGGCGCUCCCCGCUCCGCCGAGCCGCCGAGGGGCGGGAGGCAGCCAUGUCGCUAUUGUCUCCGCUGGUGCCCUUGCUGAGGGUGUACUACGCCGGCCUCGCCGUCAUCCUGCACCAGCUGCGCCGCCGCCUCCGCUCGCGUUGCCCCCCGACCCCAGUUUUCCCUACACAAAAUGGAAAGGUUGCUAUAGUGACUGGAGGUGCUAAAGGAAUUGGUUACCAUACUGUGAAGCAUUUGGCAAGACUUGGCAUGCACGUUAUAAUAGCUGGAAACAGUGAGAGAGAAGGCCAAGAAGCGGUGAGGAAAAUAAAAGAAGAAACUUUGACUGGAAAAGUGGAGUUUUUAUACUGUGAUUUGGCUUCCAUGAAGUCUAUUCGGCAAUUUGUGCAGCAGUUUAGAGCAAAGAAUUGUCCACUCCAUGUGCUGGUGAAUAAUGCUGGGGUGAUGCUGGUCCCUGAAAGGCAGACAGAGGAUGGGUUUGAGGAGCACUUUGGCUUGAACUACUUGGGACACUUCCUGCUGACUAACCUCCUCUUGGAUACGCUGAAGCAAUCAGGAACGCACAGUCACAGCGCUAGGAUCGUCACUGUCUCAUCAGCCACCCAUUAUGUAGGCAAAUUGCACCUGGACGACUUACAAAGCAGAUGUUCGUAUUCACCCCAUGGAGCCUAUGCCCAAAGCAAACUUGCCCUUGUGUUAUUUACCUAUCGACUACAGCAUCUUCUGACUGCAAAUGGAAGCCAUGUGACUGCUAAUGUAGUAGACCCUGGAGUAGUGAAUACUGAGCUCUACAAGCAUGUCUUUUGGGUUGUAAAAGUGGUCAAAUGGAUGACUGCCUGGCUAUUUUUCAAGACUCCAGAAGAAGGAGCCUCUACAACCAUCUAUGCAGCAGUAUCACCUGAGAUGGAAGGAGUUGGCGGCUGCUACCUUUACAAUGAGAAAAGGACAAAAUCAGCUGACAUAGCAUAUGAUGAGGAGCUGCAAAGAAGGCUCUGGACAGAAAGCUGCAAGAUGGUUGGGAUUUCUGAUGAAUCCAGCAGAGCUCCCUAGAAGAAGCCACUUCCAGCUGAGUAAAUGAAAUACAUUGGCAAGCAUCUAAGGUGAAUUCUUGCAGCAUCAGUCAUCAUCCUGGAAAUCACUGUUCAGUCCCAAAGGCAAACAUGAACAGCUCUGUUCUUCACUCAAACCCCUAGUCUGCUAGGGUGUAGGGGGAAUAUUCCCACAGAAAGAUGUACGUGGUUGGUUUUAAAUCUGACCAUCAGUUUUGUAAAUCAUGAUGUUUCAGUCCGUGAUUAAAAUACAAUCUUUAACCUUG